AUGCCCGUCUUCAUACUGACCGACCGCUUCAGAAAGCCUCCCAUGGCGUCCCAAUGUCUCCGUCUUCCCCUGCUCAAGGACCUCGCCACCCCACCUCGACACCACCACCACUGCGACAUCUCUCGUGGCACCUUCAUGUACAACGACCUUGUCCUCCCAUUUCCAGUUCCUGACGGCCUGGUCUCGCCCCACCACUACUCUGACGACCGCUUCUUUGCAUACACCCAUGUCCUCGCCGAGCGCGUCAACGACGAGAUCUAUGUCGCGGGUUCAGAGCGGCCGGAGAAGUCAGGGGCGUUCUACGUGGGUAACCUGUAUGCGUCGUACGAAGUCGAGCACUGGCCGGGUGUUGAAUUGCAGGUGCGAUGGUCUGAAUGGCUGGUCGAGACGAUUGGAAGAGUACGAAGAGGCGCUGAGAUAGCGGAGGUGCCGAAGGACUGCCGCCAUCUGCUGAAGGCCACGCUGGAGGACGAGCUCGCGGGAAGGCAGUCGUGGUUCUUUCGGAACGUACGGUCCCUCGACACGCUCACGCCUAUGCUGCGACAAAUGGCUAAGGUCGCCCGAAAUCCAGUUGACAUGGUGAUAUUCAGACAGAAUAACAAGCUUCAUGUGCGAUAUGUGAAUUGGCGCAACAUCGGCGUGCGCCCCUAUAACGAGGACGAUGAGAUUUGGAGGUACGAUGACUUCAAGAUCGACAAGAGACGAGGUCUGGAGGUUAGGUCCAAGGAUCUGAAGACUUUGCUCAAAUGCUACCGGCCAAGCGACAAGAUCGUUUUGGGUGGUGUGUGCUUCGAGAAGAACGCGCCGACCGACGAUGGCUGGUUGAAGGACCCUCUACCAUUGCUUGCGCCAUCGCCCACACCAGUGGCAUCUGACAAUCAGCAGCAAGAGCCUCGCCGGUCGCAAAAGAGGAAGCGCGAUCGAUCUGACAACGGCGGAAGUCGUCGCGGCGAUGACAAUGGUGUUGAUGGCAACGCAAUGGACCUCGACGAGCCAGCUGCAGCUUCGACUAUUGCGACUCAGAGAGAGCAUGUCGACAAAAGCGGAGGACCGAAUCCCAAGAAGCCGAAACUUACAGCAACACCAUACACCAACUUUCUGAUCUCUCGCCUGAAUGGCAACGCAAGAACGCCAUCACCAAACAAGUCUGAUACCCCAGAGACGGUGUUCUCAGGAUCCACGAUACCAGAUCCGAACAGAGUGCGACGUCGGGAUCUCCCCUCGAGGGCCGAGGACGAGAUCCGACAAAUCAUUAGCUCUUCCGGCUCGCAUCCUAGUCGUGAAGAUCGGCAGACGAAGGACUCUAGAGACCAGAUCAGCAAGGAGCAGGGAAGAAGUCCAUCGAAGAUACCCAAGGACCAGCCUCGUCCGAAGACUUUUGGUGAGGUCGAGGGCACAGAAUCGUCUGGCGCUCAACGCAAACGUCCAGAGAGUAAGUCCACGGUGCCAUCAGCUGCGGGCCAGAAUGAGUCGAAAAAGAGGAAAGCUGCAGGCGAAGAGAAGUCGAGUGAAAACCCAGUUGCAAAGAAGAAAAAGGCCGAGACGAUGCAGAGCGGAACUGCGACGACUGUGAACACGGCCACACCACCACGUCAGAGCGUGCCUGCUGCCGCUACACGAGUACUCACUGAGUCAACGGUUCCACAGUCCUCUGACGCAGGUUUCUCACUCAGAGCGCGCUCAGUCCCAGCACCCUCAAUUCCAGCACCAUCACUCCGAGCGCCGUCCCCACCAGACUCGACAGUCCCAGCGCCUUCCAUACGAGCACCCGAUUCAGAUGCGCCAGCUCCACCCGUCCACCAUUCACUUCCUGCAGCGCUUUCUGCCGGACCGAUGUCUUCCGGAGCACCACGACCUCCAGCGCCAGAUCGUGGAUCAACCACCACCAAUCCAGCAACCUCCUGGGCGCCGACUAUCACACCAGUGUCUUUCAGAGUGCCUACUAUACCUGCUCCGCCUCUCUCAGCGGCAGGCCCAUCGACCUUGGUUCUGCCAGCACCAAAUCAACCGACAGGGUAUGUGUUAGCACCACCUCGACCACCUCAGCCGGCGUUUGAAAGACCAGCCUCAGUAGUCAACGCGGAGCCCAGAGCGCUUAGUGCACCCGCUCCUGCUCUUUCCGCAGCACCUCAAACAACGUCGGUUCGGCCGGUACCACAUCGCUCGACAGGGCCUAUGUCAGCACUGCCUCGAUCACCUCAGGCGGUACCUCAAGGAUCGUCCCUAACAGCCGACAGUGAGUCUGAAGCGCCGGGUACACCCGCAAGUCCUUUCGCAGUAGCAUCUCAAACAACAUCGGUCCUGCCAGCACCACGUGGCCCGAUGGGCUCUCUGUUGGCACCACCUCAUCCACCUCAGAUGGCACCUGCAAGACCACCUCAAACAGCCGAUGGCGAGUCGCAUCUCCCUCCAUACCGACGUCAUCUAGAUCGGCGCGCGGACUCCGAACAGCCGGGCCAGGGACAGGAUCCUCCUUUACAGCAGUAUGCACAACAGCCGAUGGCUUUGAUGGAGCUCGAUCGUAUUGGCAGGGACGGCCCUUGGCGUGCGUUCUAUCCGCCCGCGCGGCGGUAG